ACAUUUCUCCACGACUGACCAACCGCCACUAACAUUUACUCCAAGGGGAUAGUUAGCCCAAGAAUAACUUGGCGGUUGUUUAUUUGCUCGUGGAGGACGGCGUUUUGCGGGGUAAACCGUACAUCGCGCACUAAUUGUCGCUUCGCGGAGAAAUACUCGACGCAGCCGGGACUUUAUGUGAGCGGAGCUGAAUGGAGGCAGCCUCUCUUCCUGGUGGAUAAACAGUGACAGCUACAGGGCAGCCACCUAGACCCACCACACAGGCUGUGGCGCUGCCCUGGCAAACAACACCAAAAUGGCUUCAGACAGUACACACAUCGCGCAGUUGACUUCUGAACUGUACUUCCUAAUAGCCCGAUUUCUAGAAGCUGGACCGUGUCAAAAAGCAGCCGAGACCCUGAUAAGGGAGGUGGAGGAGAAGGAGCUGCUACCCAUAAGGCUGGACUGGACAGGGCAGGAACACCCCGGGACGUACGAGAAUUUGGUGAAGCUAUACCGGCACAUCAGUCCAGACCACCUGCUGCAGGUCUGCUCCAGAGUUUGUCCGCUGCUGGAGAGCGAGCUCCCUGCCAGCGUGCCUGGACUCAGCAGCCUGCUGGGGGCCGGCAGACAGAAUCUUCUCCGCUCCAGCAAGAGCUGCAAGAAUGUUGUGUGGAAGGGCUCAGCGCUGGCUGCGCUGCACUGUGGACGACCACCGGAGCCGCCUAUUAUCUAUGGGAGCCCGCCUAAUAUUGUCGAGACGAACUUCGGCCGUCGACUGAACGGCUCCUACCGUCUCCGGCAGCUGCUGCCCACGGCUGUGUACCUGCACAUGAAGAUGCACAAGAGGAUCCUGGGACACCUGUCAUCGGUGUACUGCGUCACCUUCGACAGGACGGGACGACGCAUCUUCACGGGCUCAGACGACUGCCUUGUGAAGAUCUGGGGAACAGAUGACGGCCGUCUGCUGGCGACACUGCGCGGCCACGCUGCUGAGAUUUCCGACAUGGCCGUCAGCUACGAAAACACCAUGAUCGCUGCUGGGUCCUGUGACAAGACUAUCAGGGUGUGGUGCUUACAGACCUGCGCCCCUUUGGCCGUCCUGGAGGGACACGCUGCCUCUAUCACCUCACUGCAGUUUUCUCCUUUCUGUUGCGGCUCAAAGCGUUACCUGUCUUCCACCGGAGCUGAUGGCACCAUCUGCUUCUGGCAGUGGGAUGCACGCACGCUCAAGUUUGGUCAAAGACCCAGUAAAUUCACGGAGCGUUCCAGACCUGGCGUCCAGAUGAUCUGCUCCUCCUUCAGCGCAGGUGGUAUGUUCCUGGCCACAGGAAGCACGGAUCACAUCAUCAGGGUGUACUACUUUGGGUCAGGCCAACCUGAGAAGAUUUCGGAACUUGAGUCCCAUACAGACAAAGUCGACAGCAUCCAGUUCUCACAUUGCAGUGACAGGUUUGUAAGCGGCAGCAGGGAUGGUACAGCCCGAAUCUGGCAGCUGCAGCCUCAGGGCUGGAGGAGCAUUCUGCUGGACAUGCAGACCAAAUUACCCGGGAAGUACAACCCUCCUCCGCUGGAAGACAAGGUGACCAAACUGAAGGUUACCAUGGUAGCAUGGGAUCGCCAUGACAGCACAGUGAUCACAGCAGCCAACAAUCUGACGCUGAAGGUGUGGAACUCCACCACCGGCAACCUCGUCCAUGUCCUGAUGGGUCAUGAGGAUGAGGUGUUUGUCCUGGAGCCACAUCCCUUUGAUCCGAGAAUCCUUUUCUCAGCGGGGCAUGAUGGGAACUGCAUCGUGUGGGACCUGGCCAGAGGAGUCAAGAUCCGCUCCUAUUUCAACAUGAUCGAGGGCCAAGGCCACGGAGCGUUGUUUGACUGCAAAUGUAGUCCAGAUGGGCAACAUUUUGCAGCCACCGACUCCCACGGACACCUGCUCAUCUUUGGCUUUGGCUCCAGCAGCAAGUAUGACAAGAUAGCGGACCAGAUGUUCUUCCACACCGACUACCGGCCACUGAUCCGAGACGCCAACAACUACGUGCUGGACGAGCAGACGCAGCAGGCGCCACACCUGAUGCCCCCUCCCUUCCUGGUGGAUGUGGACGGGAACCCCCACCCACCCAGAUACCAGCGGCUGGUGCCUGGCAGGGAGGGCUGCAGGGACGAGCAGCUCAUCCCGCAGAUGGGGGUCACUUCCUCAGGCCUGAACCAAGUGGUGAGUGAGCAGGCGGUGGACGGCUCCAGUCCCCUGGAUACGAUGAUUCAGAGGCUGCAGCAGGAGCAGGACCAAAGACUGGGAGCCAAUGACACCAGGUCCAACCGAGGAUCGGUGGGAUCGCCCACAGAGGUGCACUCUCCGCCCAACGUGGGUCUGCGUCGCAGCGGGCAGAUCGAGGGCGUCCGCCAGAUGCACAGCAAUGCCCCGCGCAGCCAGAUGGCCACAGAGGGAGACCUGGUGGCCUGGAGCCGCAGGGUGCUGGUCCCGGAGCUGGAGAACGCCUCUGUCAGGAGACAGAUAAACUGGCGUGAGGCUAAAGGGGAGGAGGAGAUUAAUAUUUAUCAGUCAGAGAGGAGGCGACGCACCAUCCACUCUCUCCCCAAGGAGAGCAGGGUUCACCCGACAUCCGAGUCGGUCGACGAGGGGAGGAGGAGCCAGGGUAACCACGGCUACCACACGCGUGCAGCUAUGGAGGAGACGAGCCGCCAGAGCGCCGAGGCUGCCGAUGACGAUGAAAGCACCUCAGAGGUAGAUACGGGAGAGGUGGAGGUUCGGCAAACCAACGGGCAUUCCUCCUCCGAGGAGAAGGAAGAGGAACCAAAGGAGCCCUGGCCGGAUGACCACAGUAGUUCAAGCGACUACUCCAGCGAUUACUCCGACUGGACAGCGGACGCGGGGAUCAACCUCGAACCGCCCAAGAAGAGCGUGAAAGUGAAAAAGAAAAGCAGCAGCUCAGAGGAAGACGGAGAGAAGAAGAGGGAUGGGAAGAAAGAAAGAAAGAAAGAUAAAGCAGACAAAGACGGCGCGUUACCAAAGAAGAAGCAGCCAAAGGAGAAGAGGAAGAGGACCGAGUUUCAGGAGCAAGGGCUAACUCUGGAGGAGUGGCUUCCUUCUGCCUGGAUCACAGACACGGUCCCCCGGAGAUGUCCCUACAUACCCCAGAUGGGAGACGAGGUAUACUACUUCAGACAGGGCCACGAAGCCUAUGUGGAGAUGGCCAAACAAAAAAAGAUUUACAGCAUCAACGCUAAGAAGCAGCCCUGGCACAAGAUGGAGCUACGGGAGCAGGAAUUGAUGAAGAUAGUUGGCAUCAAGUAUGAGGUUGGCUUGCCCACACUGUGCUGUCUGAAGCUUUCCUUCCUGGACCCUGACACGGGCAAACUGACCGGAGGAUCCUUCUCUAUGAAAUACCACGACAUGCCCGAUGUGAUCGACUUCCUGAUACUGCGGCAGCAGUUUGACAAUGCCAGAAGGAGGCAGUGGAGUAUAGGCGACAGGUUUCGGUCAGUGAUUGACGAUGCCUGGUGGUUUGGGACCAUUGAGAGCCAGGAGCCCUACCAGCCUCAGUACUCUGACAGCCUGUUUCAGUGCUACAAUGUCUGCUGGGAUAACGGAGACACAGAGAAGAUGAGUCCUUGGGACAUGGAGCCCAUACCUGAUGAUGCCACGUUCCCUGACGAGUUAGGCACCAGUGUCCCGCUGGUAGAAGAGGAACAGAAGGAGCUGCUGUACGUGCCACUGGACGGGGAAUGGGGCUGCCGCACACGCGCAGAGGAGUGCGAGCGCAUCAUCAAAGCCAUCGACCAGCUCUGCACACUCGAUGUUGCGGCGCCGUUUGCCUUUCCAGUGGACCUGCAAGCUUACCCCACAUACUGCACGGUGGUGGCCUACGUCACUGACCUGAGCACCAUACGGGAGAGGCUGGUCAACCGCUUCUACAGGCGACUGUCCUCUCUGAUGUGGGAGGUUCGUUACAUCGAACAUAACGCACAAACAUUCAACGAGCCCGGAUCAUUCAUCGUCACUACCGCCAAGUUUGUCUCUGACCUCAUGCUGCAAUUCAUUAAGGACCAAAAUCUGACGGACCUCAAGCCCCUUUACAAAACUAUGAAGAAGGCUACCUUCUCUGACUCUGAAGAUGAGGACGACGAGGAAGAGGAUGAGGAUACUAAUACUCCUGGAACAUCCACACGAAACCAUAAGGGUCGUCGACCCACUCAGCGGCAACUGCGAACCCGACCCCCUUCGUACGACCCUCAUGCGUGGCGGGGCCGCUGUAAGGAGCUGCUGGACCUGAUCUUUCAGUGUGAAGACUCGGAGCCCUUCAGAGAACCUGUGGACCUGCAGGAAUACCCGGACUACCUGCAAAUAGUUGACUCACCGAUGGACUUUGGCACCGUUCUCAACACGCUCAAAAAUGGAAAGUACCAGUCUCCCAUUGAGCUCUGCAAAGAUGUCCGGCUCAUUUUCAGCAAUUCCAAAGCUUACACGCCCAGUAAGAAGUCUCGGAUCUACAGUAUGAGUCUGAGGCUCUCUGCGCUGUUUGAGGAGCACGUCAGCUCCAUUCUGGCCGACUACAAAGCCAUCCACGGCCUGACCAAUAAACUGACCAGACAGGGAACGGACAGACAGACGCGACACACUACGGACAGACAGACGCGGCACGCCAUGAAGAGGAGGAGGAGGAGCGAAUCUCCAGCUAGCAGCACCGCGUCCAGUCCAGAGAGGAAGAGACGUGUAUCAUCCAGGGGGACAGGGAAAAAGGAGCCGUCACCACCACCUUCACGAGCCUCCUCUCUGAGACAGAGCGUCCCCGUCAAACAGCCCCCUCAGCUGGUCAACGGGAAGUCCGACACAGCGGCCGCAGGGCGUACACGAAGUGCGGCACGCCAUUCUACGCACUCUCCACCCUCCUCUUCCUCCUCACAUAACGCUGGAAGCAGCACACAGAGCACAGCAGAGUCUACUCGCUCGCUCAGGGCUCAUAACUCUGUGUCAGCUUCGACGACAGCAGCUCCUCAAAGGGUGACACCCUCUCCAGCCGCAGACAGUAACAGUGGAGGAAGCACCCGGAGGAAACUCAGGACUCCUGUACGGCUCACACCUGGAUCUCCCGUCAGCCCUUCGUCUCCGAGCACAGUCCACCUGAACGGCCACGGCAGUCACGUGACCCUGGGAGUGGGGAGGAGGGGGCGGAAAUCCAAAGCGGAGCCACCAGCGAGUCCCCCAGAAGUCCCGGCUCCGGGGAGCCCUUCCAGACCCAGAGGCCGCCCUCCGGGCAAGAAGCGCGGCAGGAAGAGCAAGCAGGAGCUGGAGGAGAUGAGACGGAGCGGCAAGCGCAGGAGCUCCACCCCCGACGAUGAGCUCGACCAAUCGACGGGGGACGACGAAGGCGGCACGUCUUCUGCUCAGGAAACAUCCGUGCUGUCGGACUCCGGCGCGCCGCCGACGCCGAGGCGGCGCGGCCGGCCCCGGGCGGCAAGGACCGACGAAGCCGCUCCUCCCGCUGAGUCACCGGAGCCAUCUCCGCUGAGGAGGAGCAGCAGGAGGGCCAACGAAGAGGCCACGCCUCCUCCCCAGACUGCUCCUCCUCAACGAUCCAAUCAGAGGGAGUGUCCAAACGAGGAGGAAGGAGACGAGGCCGGGGGGUCGAUGCGCACACGUAACCAGGGGCGACGGUCGGCCUGGUACAUGGAGGAGGACUCCGAGGAGGAGCAGAGGCAGCUGCUGUUUGAGGACUCGUCGAUCACCUUCGGCACCUCCUCAAAGGGACGCGUUCGCAAGCUGACAGAAAAGGCCAAAGCCAACCUCAUAGGCUGGUAACCCGGGGCAACGGAACAGACGCACAGGACGUGAGGAGGAGGCUGACUUGCCCUGACAGAGGAGAAAUCCACCUGAGAUUUCUCAGCCUACGCGACAGGAAGAGUAGCGGGCUGAGUCGAGGAAGCCGUGCUUGGUGUUGUGUGCAUCUGUGUGCGCGUAAUGUGCGUGUACCGUCUGGGGAGCCGCUAGUCCAGCGUGCUGCUAUUCAGAGCCGCGGCGAUGGAGAGACACAACAGCGCAAGUUAUCUGUCGACUCCACUCCUCCCUCCUCUUGGCCCAGAAAGUACAUCACUAACGCCAGCCGUCGGCUUUCUGAAUCAUUUGUUCCACCUCCUCCUACAUUAUUGGUCCAUGUUGGAUCCCACAGGAGCUCACUGACUCCGUUGCCCGGCGGUCUCGUGACUCGCUCCUGUCCAGCGAACCACUUCUCCCCUCCGUCUGCCCUCAAACACUGUUGGUGUCCGACUGGGCACAACAGGAGUUGAACAGUUUUAGUACUUGAUGAUAAAAAAAAAAAUUUAAAAAAUCCCAAGGAGAGCUGGGUGUAUCUUCUCUCCCUCUUUGGACUUUUCGAGUGUGUCUCUGCUGGGUAGGUCAAAGACGCCCACUGAGCUGAAACUGUUAGGUCUGUGAGGGAUCACAGACCGCUGGGCUGACAACCCCGCCCCCC